UUACAUUGGAGUCGCCGCCCGCCAGUUUGGACGCCCGCCAGCUUGGAAAUCAGAUGCGUUUGGAGCCAUCUCUUGUAGAGUGUGCAAACUAGUUUUCCCAGCCUUAUUCACCCCAAAAAAAAAUACUUUGAUUUCUUUGUAAUUUUUCCUAGUUCUAUCUACUCUGAUCCACAGACAGACGCAAAUUAAAUGGCUUACGCUGCUGUAACUUCGCUUAUGGAAACACUUUCUCUAAAUUUCUUCCAAUCACAACCACCCUUUCCUCUUGAUGAUUUAGCGGCACAGAUCAGAGACGAUGCCAAUCAAAAUCUUGGCUUGCUGCAACAAAUAAUUCUUGAGGCUGAGAUGAGAUGGACGAAGCAGCGUCUUCUUCGUAUAAAGGCUUGCCUCCCCAGGCUUCAUAGAAAGCAGCAGCUUGCUUGGGAUACUAUACUUUUGACUUCUCGGCUCAGGGAGGUGGCUCAAGUCAAACAAAAGGUAGUUUCUCUCCAUCAAAAUCUGGGCUUGCUGCAACAAAGUCUUGAGAAAUCUGAGAUCCCCUAUGAUUAUGCGAGGGUGAUGAAAGAUUUAGAGGCGCAGAUGAGAGAUGCAUCGUUCAAAUUGGAAGAAAGGAUUGAGAUGGAGUUGAGUAGCAUUUAUCUAGCAAAGGAUAGCCUUCAUAUAACUGCUUGCCUGCUCAGGCUUCAUGAAAUCUUCAACGAAGCAGAAAAACAGACUGAUUACCACAGGAAUGAGUUGAUUAGGAUUCAAACUGAAUACCAGCAGCUUGCAAAGGCAGCUUCAUCACAAAACCAAAGACUCACUGAUGUUUCACUCCUUGUGAGUAACAUUUCCAAAAAAGCCUCAAAGUUUGACGGUGGAAUGGUCGGAUGCGAGAAGCUGUUCGAGAAGAUAUUGGAUCAGCUGCUCACGCAACAAACAACUAAGGGGAGACAAGUUGUUUCAAUUGUUGGCAUGGGAGGAAUAGGCAAGACCACUUUGGCACGCAGAGUUUAUGAAGAUCCAUCUGUUACUUCUCAUUUUGACAAGCCAGCAUGGGUUACUGUAUCCCAAGCGUAUAACGUAGAACAAAUGCUCCUAUGUUUUCUUAGUUGUGUUACUGGAGCAUCAAGAGAUGAACUCCAUAAACAAAACCAAGACGAAUUAGCUGAACGCUUGCGUAAACACUUGAAGGAACAAAGAUAUUUGAUAGUGAUGGAUGAUAUAUGGAGCACUACUGCUUGGGAUAGUGUGCAAAGAUGCUUUCCAGAUGAUAAUAAUGGAAGUCGUAUACUAUUGACUUCUCGGCUCAAAGAGGUGGGAGAAUAUGCUAGCUCAGGUAACUCUCCUCUUAACAUGCCUUUCUUAGAUGACGAUGAAAGUUGGAAUCUCUAUUGCAAAGUCUUUGGUAAACCUGAAUUCCUUCUAGUGUUUGAGCAAAUUGGUAGAGAUGUAGUGAAGAAAUGUAAAGGAUUACCUCUAGCUAUUACUAUAGUAGCUAGUCUUCUCUCCAAGACAGAAGAGGAUGAGGAAAAGUGGAAGAAUGUUGCAAAAAGUGUAAUGGGUGGUUCUAGUGACGUAUGUUCCAGAAUACUUUAUUUGAGUUACAAUCAAUUACCGCACCACUUAAAAGCCUGUUUUCUAUAUUUUGGAGUUUUCCAAGAAGACUAUGAGAUCCCUGUGAAGAAGUUGAUUAGGUUGUGGGCAGCAGAGGGAUUUUUGAGGGCUGUGAAGCAUGUGAAUUUGGAGAAAGUGGCCAUGGAAUGCUUGCAAGAUCUUGUCGAUAGAAGUCUUGUUAUAGUUAGCAAAAAAAGUUACAAUGGGAAAAUGAAGAGAAUAAGGAUCCAUGAUUUGUUGCGAGAUUUGUGCUUGAGAGAAGCUAGACUUGAAAAUCUCUUGAAUGUCAAUGGAGUUAAAAAACAUUGUCAUUGGUUAAGUGAUACAUCAAGAUAUUUCUAUUAUGACCUCAGGUUUCUAGAUGAGUGCUUUCACAAAUCUCAUUCCCUUUAUGUAACUCGUCUUUACUAUUUUUGGAAUAAGGAAGAUGUGAACUAUCUAAUUUCACACUUGAAACUACUAAGAGUAGUAGAUAUAAGUGGUAGAUUUUCACAUAAAGAUAUGGCACUAAAUGUGCUUGAAAAUCUUGUUCAUUUGAGAUACUUAGCUUUGUCUACAGAUGAAACGUUUCAUGUAAAGCUCUUUGAGCAUUGGAAUAUGCAAAGUCUUAUUGUUAGUGGGGAUGGUGUUACAUUGAAUUCCUCUGAGGCAUAUAAAAUUUGGAGAAUGCCACUAUUAAGGAAUUUUUGCAUUGGAGGAAAUUUUUCAUUAGAAUCCCCAUUGGUUGUUCAUAGAAACUUAGAGAAUAUAUCUUGGUUGGAUUCUAAGUUAUGUACAAAGGAUCUGUUUACAAUGCUUCCGAAUUUAAAAAAAUUGGGGGUUGAUGGUCGAUACAAUGAUAAUAAUGAUUGGUUUUAUAAUGUUGUGCACUUGGGGCAACUUGAGACACUAAGCAUCAGAAGUUGGGGUUAUCUCGAAGAUAUUCCAUUGAGCCGAUUCCUAUGGGCAACUAGUUUACCAAAUCUUAAGAAGCUCAGCUUCUUGAAGUCUAAUCUGGAGUGGAGUGAGCUGAGCCCUAUAAGUAUGUUACCAAAUCUGGAGGUUCUAAAACUGAUUGAUUCUUGCAGAGGUAUAAUGUGGGAGACAAAUGAUGGAGGCUUCCGUCGAUUGAAGAGGUUGGUAAUUAAGUGCAGACGUCUCCGAUUUUGGAAUGCUGUGGGUGACCAUUUUCCUGUGCUCAAAUGUUUAGAGUUACAUGAGGACUAUUGGUUGGAAGAAAUCCCUCAUGGUUUCGCCGAUAUCAUCACACUAACAUUGAUUAAGUUAAGCUACUGUAGGAAUUCCGUUCUGGCUUCUGCAAAGUGGAUUCAAGAAGAGCAAAACAACAACUAUGGAAAUGAUGCCCUCCUUGUUCGUUCCGAAAAUAUUGGACGUACAAAAUAUGGUAUUAGGAUGGAAGCUGAUACGGACUUUGCGGGCUUCUCAGUCAGAGAUCUGUUGGAUGCUUCCAUAGCAUUGGCGGAUGAGUAAACUGUGUAAGAGAUUUGCUAAUAAGGAUGCUCUAAACGAGGGGAUUACAUGGUGACGUGGAGGAUCGGAGUUGGGCCCACAAAAAGGCCGGGGAGGUAAGGGGAGAAGGGACGGAAAUGCCCUUACAAAUGUAAAAAAUACCUAUCAAGAUAUGAUAUUUGAAAACAUCUGAUCUCUGUAUUUAUUUUCCUUUGAUUCUCCAAAUCAAGAGCAGAGCCAGGCAGCCAGCUACCUGGUUUGGUUAUGCA